AUGGGCCCAGCCAGCAGGGUGGUGCUGAAGGGCGUCCCCGCGCUGCCGUCCCCCGAGCCGCUCUACGCCCUGGUGCGGAUGGGGCACGGAGAUGAGAUCGGCCUGGGCAUCCCUCAGCGCCUGGAGGCUGUGCUGCAGCCGCUACCACUGGACUGCUACAUGGAGAGCCCGGCUGUGGUCGUGGAGCUGGUGCCCAGCGACAGGGAGAGGGGCCUGCAGACCCCAGUGUGGCCAAGCUACCAAUCCAUCCUCUCCAGGGCCGGCUGUGCGAGCCCCCUGGCCACGAUAGAGAGAUUGGAGUUUUAUGAGUGGACCAGAAAGGCUGUUGCUGUUGUGACAACUGGGGAGGCGGCCCUCUACGGAAACCUCAUCCUCAAGAAGGGGUUGCCGGCCCCCGAUGCCCUGUUCCAGGCCUGUUGA